AUGGAUCCAAGAUUAAUACCAUCAUUUCGUCGUAAUAGCACAAUUCUUGUUAAUAGUCUUUGUAAUAUACAAAGAAAUCGUAAAUCAGAUCCAAAUACUUUACCAGAACAAAAUGAAAAUUUUCUAUGUGUACCACAUCCAAAUGAUAUUUUAAUAAGAGGUUGUAAGUCGCAAGAAUUUCAAUCAACUGAUCCGCAACCAUCAUUGAAGAGAAUUGAAUCAUUUACAUCAUUAUCAGUGCCAGAAGAUUUUAAAUUUUCAAAAAUCGAAAUAAAAUUAUUACAAUCAAGAUGGUUAUAUAUGAUAAUAUGUAUAAUAUUUACAGCUAUAUCGUAUAUGCAAUGGAUACAAUUUAGUAUAAUUGCUAAUUUAUUAGUAGAUUUUUAUAAGGUGUCAUCAAAUGCAGUCGAUUGGACAUCAUUAGUGUUUAUGAUUUGUUAUGUGUUUUUGGUAUUACCAGUCUCAUAUUUUCUAGAUACAAAGAAUUCAAGACAAACUGCACUUUAUGGUUGUUUUGGUACUGCAUUAGGAUCAUGGAUUAAAAUGUUUGCAUUAAAUCCAAAUAAAUUUUAUAUACUUAUGAUUGGUCAGACAAUUGUAGCAAUAUCACAAAUUUUUAUAUUACAAGUACCGCAAACAUUAUCAGCAGUUUGGUUUAGUCCAAACGAGGCUUUCACAGUUUCAGGUUUGGCUGCAUUUGGAGGUCAAUUAGGUAUUGCUUUGGGUUUCUUUAUAACGCCAUGGCUUGUUAAAAGAAAUGGUGCAGCAACUGAUAUUAGACUUGGUAUAGAAAAUAUUUGCAUUUUUACAGCAUGUUUAUCGACAAUUAUUUUGGUGAUUGUAUUUAUUGGAUUUAAAGGGAAACCUAAAUAUCCACCAUCAACUGUACAGGCAAUACUUAGGACAACAUCAGUUCAAAAUAAAGAUAGUUGGAAAGCGUCAUUAAAUUCAUUGAAAAAUAAAACUCUUCAUCUACUUUUGUUGUCCUAUGGAAUUCAUACUGGUGUCCAGAAUUCAUUUUCGACAUUAUUAAAUCAAAUAAUUCUAAAUUAUUUCCCGAACAGUGAACAGGAUGCUGGUAAUAUUGGGGCUAUUUUAAUAUCAACUGGACUUUUUGGAUCAUUAAUUUUUGGUUUCAUUAUCGAUAUGAUGCAGCAAUAUAAAUCCACAGCAUUAUGGGUUAGCAGAUUUUCUGUUGUUGGAAUGAUUUUUUUUUAUUUAGCAUUGGAAUCGAAAUCGAAAAUUUUAUUGUACAUUUCUUCAAUGAUUUUGGGGUUUUUUAUGACAGGUUACCAAACCGUUGGACAAGAAUUGGCACUUGAAAUUGAAUAUUAUAAUACAGAAAGUCCUGUAGCAGCGUUAUUGAAUAUUUCAUCUCAUGUCUUUGGUAUAACAUUUACUGUUUUACUAUCAUGGAUUGAAAUGCAGUUUGGGACAUGGUUGGAACAUAUUUGCUUCAUAUUAUUAUUAGUAUUGGGAACAAUUUUUAUUGGUAAAAGUAAAUUUGAAACGAAUCGAAAAUUUGUUCAUGAAGAGAUUGCAAAUGAAGCUGAAGUUUUAGCACAAAUUGAAUCUGUACCAAAUAUUGUAGUUGUACCAGAUGAUUCAAUUGAAGGUAAAUUGGUAAAAGGAUAAAGGAAUUUGUAGUUUUGCUUUGCCAUUU